CCGACAGACACCGGGUGACGUAUCAGAGUCGGCAAACGCUCGCAUGGUGAUCUAUUUUACCUGCGAUGAAAGAAGCACGCGUUUCGGUAAUGAUCUCACACAGAGUAUACCGCAAAUAAGACACACAGUAUCAUAUAUAUGAAAGUGUCACACAAGGAGAAAAAUCAUCGGAACGAAACUUUUUAUAUCGGAGCCGUGAGAAGGAUAUGACAUAAGUUUCAUAUUGACAACACCGUUGCAUAGAGCAUAAAAGGAGGGGAAAAGAACGAACGUAGGGCUGGUUGACUACAAGUAACGGUAAUACUGAACACCGAACAUAACAUCCAAACAUAAUAAGCGAUGAUAACUGAACAUAAUUUUAAAAACAGAAUGGAUCCGUGUCGAAUAUCUGCUCCUGCGGACAAUGUUAAAACCACGAAUUAUGCCAUAGAUCAACGGCUUGAGGUAAUCCAUUCUAAGCAUAUGUCGAAUGUUGGUCGCACGUGUAUGGAUACGGAAAAGGAUAAACAAUAUCCCCUACGUGUAGGAGUCAUAUCCGACAAUACUCAGCAAACAGACUUCACGAAUACGGAUGAUAUCCCCGUAACCCAAACUAGGGAAAAUGGAAUAUUAACUGAACACUCGGAAAAGACUAUGAGUAAAUGUAAGUAUUUUCACAGCACUACCAACUAUCUAGUCAAAGAAAAACAGGUUCAUAUGAACGUUGAAGAAACGCGCACCACAAGCGUAACUUCUAGAGCGUCAACUUUAUCUUCGUAUCUAUCCUCAAUAUCAACAUCGGAAUCAGGGUCAUGCUGCGUCUCAAGCUUAGUUAGCUCCGACGUUUACCUGCCAUCGGAAAGUGAUAUUCUGUUCCAACUUCUCCCGACAGCUCCACCAAACUCAGAUAUUGAAUCGGAUUUUUUCUCGGACGAGGAAGCCGAUCUUUCGAGCCACGUUAUGAACAUUACGUGUGAUGCUCAAUUUGGCACACUGGAAGCAACAAGUGCGUGCGUCUACAAUUACUCAGAUGACGCGGUGCUGUUAUCUGUUGACAGGCAUGACGCGUUUGAAUUUAGAGACUUAAAAAGAUGGUUAACCGAAGAUGUAGUUCAAUACUCAAGUUCCAUGAAAUCAAAUAAAUUUAAAUCGAUGCCGGACAUCAGUGAUUCACAUGGAAAUAUAAAGCAACGUUCGAUUUCAUCUUCAGAUCUGAGAUGUACGGCAUUCGAGGACGAUUUCAAAGAUCAACCAAGUAGGACUGUCUUAGGGUUAAAUCUAAAACACUACCACAACGAAAUGGACUUUAGUUCAUUAUCAGAAUUAGAAGCCAGCCACAAGUCAGUGUCUAUGUGCAGUUUGGAUUCAACUGAGGCCAACUGCAGCCUAUGUUGUUGUUGUUGUCGAUAUUGCUGCAGUCCACCGUGUUGUGAAUAAUGAGUCCCAACGCCGAAUCAUGCUCCCAAACUACAACUAACAUGAAGUUUAUUUAAUGCCAUUUUCU